GUAGUAACAUCAAAAUUACAAAAAUAAGAAGAACUACAACAAAAUAAUAAUAUCAUCAUAAUGACACGCCUUACCGAAGAAAUGGUCAUUGCUAGAUCCAAACAAUCGGAUUUAAGCUCUAUUAAAAAACUUAAUUGUUGGGGAAGUGAUCUCAGUGAUGUUUCUAUUAUAAAACGAAUGCGUGGCGUUGAAGUGUUGGCGUUAAGUGUCAAUAAGAUUAGUACGUUGCAACCAUUUGAAGACUGCCUGAAAUUACAGGAAUUAUAUUUACGUAAAAACAAUAUACAAGAUAUAAAUGAAAUUGCAUAUUUGCAAAAUCUUCCAAAUCUUAAGUAUUUAUGGUUAGAAGAGAAUCCAUGCUGUGAUCGUGCCGGAGCCAAUUAUCGUGCAAUUGUGUUGCGUGCUUUGCCAAAUUUAAAGAAACUGGAUAAUGUUGAAGUGACACAAGAAGAAGUUGAUGAAGCUUCGCGUGGUGGCAGUGGUAGUGGUGGAGUGGCUGUCGAAGAUGAUCCCUAUGAUGAUGCCUAUGAACAACAACAACAGCAGCAACAACAUCAACAGCAGCAGCAACAAUAUGAACAGCAACAGUAUCAACAACAGCAGCAGCAAAGACAACAGCAGCAGCAACACCAACAACCACCACAGCCUCAACAACAACAGUAUCAAUCAUCUCAGUAUCAACAACGUCGAAGUUCAAGUCCACAAAAAGAGCCACCGCAACAAACAAGUCCUGCCACAACAGAAGACAGUGUAAGCGAAACAAAUAAUGCAAAUGGGUCGUCUAAAGCGUCUACGCCAUCUCAGGAACAAUUACACUCACCAUCGCCAAAAUAUAAUUCAACACCCAAAGAAAAUCGUUUAUCCUACCAUCAAUAUGAUAGAUCACCUGAUACAGAUCAGGAAAGUCCACAUGGUGGAGGUUUUAGGGUACCUAUACCACCCAGUGCUUCGACGCAUUCCAUGAAGGAAUACUAUCAGUCUGAUCGUCCUGCUUAUCCUGCCCACUAUCGUCACAGUCAAACCGAUUUAACUGAAUGGGAUGAAAAUCAUCAGCAACAGCAUCACAGUAAUCACAAUCCUUAUGGCAGUACGGCUGCCCUACAUCACAUGGGUCAAAGGCGUAGCGCAGGACCCGAAAGAACAGAACCUGUAGAUCGUUAUGCUUAUAGAAAUGGUAGAGAAAAUGGUGAUUGGGAGGAUGAAAGACCAAGACCAAGACGACCCGAUGGCCGUUAUGCCGAUUCGGCUAGUACUGUUUCCACAGCGGUAUUAAAUCAUUAUAGUGGUUAUCAUAGGAGACCAAUUAAUAGAAGCUCCAACUUAUUGUCGGCGACAUUGUGUUUGGUUAAAGAAUUGGACUAUCCCAGCCUUGAAGUAGUUGAACAUGCAGUACGCUGUCGCAUUGAUGAAUUGUCUGCCGAAUGAUGAUGAAUGAGGCGCAUGCCCUCCUAUUGAUAUGGAUUAAAUGCAUGCUUAAAUUUGAUAUUUUGCAAAAAGAAAAACUAAUUGUACAAUAUUGAUACUACAAUACAUACAUACAUACAUAUAUGGCUAAAAUAUGUUUUCGAAUAAUUUUCUAAUUUUUCUACGAUUUUAUAGC